UACAUUGUGAACGGGAUGGCUAACUUGAUGCAAUGGACAUCAUGGCAGGAAGACCGUGCUGCUAUUGUGGAUGUGUUGAAGCUGACCACCACUGACUGCAUCACUCGGAGUCUUUACCAAUCAUUAUUUUGCAUUGGAUGUAGACAGCGGGCUCCUCUCAGAGACAGUCCUGUCACGUGCUCAGUACGGGUCCCGCACUGGGAGGACGUCAUCAGUGCGCGCCUCGCCCAUGUGUCUGUGUGUACAGGAAGACGAAGAGAGAUCAGGGAGAUCAGCAUGGGGGAACCGGACAGCCUGCAGGAGAAGAAGAAGCAACCGUCGCUGUUCAAUAAUAGGAAUGACCCGGUAAAGAACUUCGAGAAGUGGAAGAAGAAAUACACCAAGAAGAAGGAGAAGUGUAAGAUCACCAGGAAGCAGAACAGGACGCCUGAAUGGCAGACAGAGAGGGAGACCAUCAGCCGGCUGGUGCAGCGCUACACCGAGGUAAACGCCAGUGAGAUUUCUAGAUUCUCAGACUUUCCCUUGUCCAAAAAAACUAUUCGUGGUUUGGUUGAGGCUCAAUACCGGUUACCUACUGAGAUCCAGAAACAGACGAUCGGAUUGGCCUUACAGGGAAAGGAUGUUCUUGGAGCUGCUAAAACUGGGUCUGGAAAAACCCUGGCUUUUCUUAUUCCUGCUGUGGAAUGUUUGUACCGGCAGCAGUGGACAUCGGAUGAUGGGCUUGGGAUCCUGAUCAUCUCUCCCACCAGAGAGUUGGCUUAUCAGACGUUUGAGGUUCUGCGAAAAGUGGGCCAUAACCAUGAAUUUUCUGCUGGGCUCAUCAUUGGAGGAAAGGAUCUAAAACAAGAAUCGGCCCGUAUCCAUCGCACAAACAUUCUCAUCUGUACUCCUGGUCGUCUCUUACAACACAUGGAUGAAACAUCGUUUUUCCAUACUAGUAGUCUGCAGAUGCUCGUGCUUGAUGAAGCUGACCGGAUCCUGGACAUGGGUUUUGCUGAUACAAUAAAUGCAAUUGUGGAAAACCUGCCCAAGAAACGACAGACCCUCCUCUUCUCCGCAACUCAGACUAAAUCUGUGAAGGACCUUGCUCGUCUCAGCUUGAAAGAUCCAGAGUAUGUGUCGGUUCACGAGAAGGCAAAAUUCAGUACACCGGCAACUCUGGAACAGAAUUAUACAGUGUGUAAUCUCCCGCAAAAAAUAAACCUCUUGUUUUCUUUUGUGCGUAAUCACCUGAAGAAAAAGAGCAUUGUCUUCUUCUCUAGCUGUAAACAGGUUCAGUAUUUGUUCCGUGCAUUCUGCAGACUGCGGCCUGGUAUCCCCAUCCUGGCACUGCAUGGCAAACAGCAGCAGAUGAAGAGGAUGGAGGUCUAUAAUGACUUUGUGAGGAAAAAGGCAGCUGUGCUUUUUGCUACAGACAUUGCAGCUCGAGGAUUAGAUUUCCCAUCGGUUAGCUGGGUGCUUCAGCUGGAUUGCCCUGAAGAUGCUAACACUUAUAUUCACAGAGUUGGGAGGACAGCCAGGUACAAGGAGGGCGGAGAAGCGUUACUGGUUCUGUUGCCGUCUGAAGUGAAGGGGAUGGCCCGACAGCUGGAGGAGAAAAAAGUACCCAUUAAUGAAAUCAAAAUUAACCCUGAAAAGCUGUUGGAUGUGCAAGGGCGGCUGGAAGCGUUUUUGGCCCAGGAGCAGGAAAUGAAAGAGAGGGCGCAGAGGUGCUUUGUGUCUUACCUACGCUCUGUUUACCUUAUGAAGAAUAAGGACGUGUUUGAUGUCUCCAAACUGCCUCUUGCAGAGUAUGCUCAGUCAUUGGGUCUUGCCGUUGCUCCCAGAGUCCGUUUCCUCCAGAAAGCACAGAAUUCUCAGCCUUUAGUGCCAAGACCAAAUGAAAAGCCAAAAGAGCCGGGUACUGACAGUGAUGAGGAAAUCAAGAGCUUCAAAGCUCAGCUUGACGGAAGGACACCUGUGGAAAUGGAUGGGGAGAGGAGUGUCUCCUCCAGUGAAGGAGAAGACAAUUCAGAGGAUGAAGAGAAUAUCGAGAGAUUAAAGGCCAAAGACAAGUCCACAUUUCAUUUUACAAAUGAGGAUGAUGAUGAGGAGGAUGACUGCCGAGAUGUGGAGAUUUUUACAGUGAAGAGACGAGAUGUGUUUGGGGUGAAAGACGGUGAAGCGGCACCAGCAGAAGAAACCACAAAAUCAAAACUUAAGAAGACUAUAUUGACCAAAGCAAAGGAUGCCAAGAAAGCUUUAAAGAAGAAGUUCAAAGUGAACACAAAAAUCGUUUUUGCAGAUGAUGGAGAGGCAAUCCAGCAGUGGCCUCAGAUGCAGAAAAUGGUAAAAGAUGCAGGGGAAGAGGAGGAUGCAGAUAAUGGCAUCAAUUUGGAAAUUGCAAGAAAACGGCUGACUGAAGAGGAUAAAUUUGACAAAGAAUUGUACAGGCAGAAGAUUAAGGAAAAACAUCGGGAAAAACGACUGAAGGAAAAGGCUGCCAGAAGAACGUCAAGCAGGAGAGAUAAAGAGGAAGGGGAAGAUGAAGCAGUUGCUUAUCUUGACCAUGACGGCGACAAUGAAGUAGAUCUGAGUGCACUUCCUGACCCUGACAAGUACCGCGAUAUGGAGGAAGAUGAGCAAACCGUGGAAGAAAGUAGCAGUGACGGUGAAGAAGUUCCACCAAGAAAGAGAACUUUCAGCAGCAGAUCCAAUGAAAAGGAAGAAAAAAUAGUAGCGGCCAAAAAGACGAAAGCCACACAAAGAUCUGAGGAGCCAUUCGAGCCACUAAACACGGGACUGUCACUGGCAGAAGAUGAGGAGCUGGUCUUACAUCUCCUAAACAGCAGCAGCUAAUUAUUUACCCAACUGUGUUUUUCUUGGCCAUCUUCCGUCUUAGAUCAACAGCUCUUUACAAAAAUCAAUUUGGCUUCAAGGCAGUUCAGUACUCGGGGACAAUGAUAAAUGAGAACUGAAGAAUGACCUCCACAUAGCCAGCCUGCAGUAUAAAUACUGCAAAUGUAAUUCCUUAAAGAACCAUUCUACCUAUGUUACAGUUUGGGUUGUGUAAACGUGAAUUUGGAGAAAUAAGUGAAAGUAUGUUAUAGGCUUACAGUAUAGUGUAAUAAAGUUUCAGGAAAAUCUGGUAACUGGCUUUAAAUUCCAAAAUAUUAUAGAGUGAAAAACAGGAACUUUCCCUUUUUGCUGUCAUUUUGUUGGUAUAUUUAUUUUACGCAUACUGGCUUAUCCGUUUUGUAGAUUUAUUUUUAAAGUUAGCCUGUGUCAAACUUGGGCAUUUCAAAGUGAACAUACUUCAGUGGCAACCGUAUUUCAAGCCAUUCAGUACAACCAAACAUACAGAAAGCUGCAAUAUGCACAUCUUGAUGUUUUCUGUAAAAGUUGUAUCUGGUUCUGCCCUUCCCAACUUUAUAAGCUUCCCUAUUGGUCCUUAUAUGUGAUUGGCAGAUUUAGUGAUCAAUUCGGAGGGGGUGGAGCAAAAUACAAAAUUUAAAAGAAAGAUUGAGAUUAACUUAUGUUAGUUGCCUAUAUAUCCAAGUAUGCUGAUCCUUAUGACAUACAAUUAUCACUGAUGUAACUGCUGCUUAUACAUUUUUUUCAUUCUGUUCAAGUAAAAAGAAAGGAUAGUUGUUUUAAUGGUUUGACAUUUUAUACCGUAAUCAAUUCCCUGCAUUAAGGUAAAAAAUCUCUCAGGAGUAGAAUCGCCCCCUCCACACCUCCCUAUAUACUUGGCCUCAUUGGCGCUUUCUGCUGUCAAAUUCUGUGGGAGUCCAGCUGCGCCUUUGUCUCUCAAUGGAUGCACAUAGCCCAGCUCAGGAGGGAGGCCACAGCAGCUUCUUACGGUGACACAUAGGGAAGAGAAGGAACCAAGAGUGCCAGCAGAAGGCCCUCAGAAGAGGAGGUUCCAGACUGUUCUGUGCCAUACCUUUGCACCAAAUACUCUCUACAACCCCUUUUAAAAACUUAUAGUAAUGCCAACAGUCCUCCAAAGAAUGGAUUCCUGACAAUUUUCCAUGGGUGACCAAACAAUGGGGUCAGGGAGAAACUACUUAUUAGGUGAGACACACAUUACCUUCAGCUCUAUGUCAAUUGACGACUGUGGCCAAACUAAAUGAACAGCUUUGUACUUCUAAAUAUGGCUAAUGUAUUUAUGAAUUCAAGCGUCUGAAUUGGGCUAAAUAUAGACUUGGUUUGCAACUUGGGAGCUCAAGUACUUUUAACUGCAGAUUUAUGAUGGAGGAAGAUCCACAACUGUUGUUCUGACUUGUACAUGCAAUCUUGUUGAAGGGCAGGCAUUUCAAAAUAAAGGGUGGAUUUGUGUUUUAUGUUUUAAA